AUGGGCGAAUGUUGGACCGCUGGAACCGCCACAUUCAUGAUAUUGGGCAAUAUUUGCACCCGAUCAUGUGCCUUUUGUGGAGUAAGCACGGGUCGACCAAAAGCCGUAGACGAAGAUGAACCUGAUAAAGUGGCCGAUUCCAUCUUUAAAAUGAAGAUUCAACACGCCGUUAUCACCUCGGUAGACAGAGACGACCUAAAAGACGGCGGAACUGGAAUCUGGGUGCGUACGAUUCGCGCCAUCCGAAAUCUAUCGCCAGACACCACCAUGGAAACCUUAAUUCCCGAUUUUAAAGGCGAUUCAAAUUUGAUAAAAUUGAUUGUGGACGAAUCGCCCGAAGUAAUUUCACACAAUAUGGAAACCGUUCGCCGCCUAACCCGUGAGGUGCGCAUACAGGCCAAAUACGAUCGUAGCCUAGAGGUAUUGCGACUGCUUAAAGUCCAUGGACAACGCCGCACCAAAACAGGCAUCAUGCUGGGCUUGGGUGAAACCGAAAAAGAAGUCAAAGAGACCAUAGACGAUAUCCGGAAAAUGGAG